AUGAGGGUAGAAUGUUUGAUGCUGGUUGCCUUAUUGGUGCUGGAAUAUGUGUGUCGGAGUGAAGCCAUGUCCACCUGUAAGUCGCUGGACUUGGAGCUGGUGAAGAGGAAACGCAUUGAGGCCAUUCGUGGACAGAUACUGAGCAAGCUGCGGCUGCCCAAGGAGCCAGAGAUUGACCAGGAGGGAGACACUGAGGAGGUCCCAACCUCCCUGAUGUCCAUCUACAACAGCACAGUGGAGCUGAGUGAGGAGCAGGUGCACACAUACAUACCGCCCACUCCGGAUGCAGAAGAGGAGGCAUACUUUGCAAAGGAGGUCCACAAGUUCAACAUGAAACAAAGUGAGUACACUUAGCACACUACCCUUGUGAGUAUAACAACACUGAGCCUUUUUCUAAAAUGUUUUAUGAGAUUAGAGGACACAUUGGGAGGGAUCUUAGGCCAUUCCUCCAUACAGAAUCUUUCCAGAUUCUUGAUAUCCUUCGUCUGCGCUUAUGGACUGCCCUCUACAAUUCAAACCAGUGGUUUUCAUUGGAGUUCAUGUCCAGAGACUGAGAUGGCCAUUGCAAAAUGUUGGUUUUGUGGUCAAUUAACAAUUUAUUUGUCGAUUUUAUGUGUGCUUGGGGUUAUUGUCUUGCUGGAAGAUCCACUUGCGGCCAAGUGUCAGCCUCUUGGCAAAGGCAACCAGGUUUUUGGCUAAAAUGUCCUGGUACUUGGUAAAAGUUCCUGAUGCCAUUGUCCUUAACAAAGGCCACAGGACCAGUGGAAGCAAAAUAGCCCCAUAACAUCAAAGAUGCACCACCAUAUUUUACCAUUGCAAGUAACAAAAUAGAUUUGAGUACUUGUAACAAAAAUAUUUCUCUGUGCAACUGUAUUAGUAUAAAAUAAUAGAAUUUCCAAAUGUUUGAAGCAUACAAUAUAGCUCAGUAUUUGUAUGACUUAGUCUUUUUUGCUCAUCUUUAUCAAGGGUGCCAAUAAUUAUGGACCUGCCUGUAUACCCAUGCAUGCUGACUACAUGCAUACACUUCCUGCUGCUUACACAGGCUCUGGCUUGUCAGGUUAAAGUGGAUGCUUCUCUAGCCUCACUUCAGUCAGGUAUAGGCUUGUUAAAUGGUUGAUGUGUGUAGGGGGAUCUUCAAAGGUUGAUUAAGAUAUAAAGCCUAGCUAACCACAGGCCUUCACCAUGGUAAUUGAAUAGCAAUGCAAAAAAAAGUAAGGAGUAUAUGUUUUUUGUCAUAAUCUUUCAUCAAGGCUGGCUGGCAUGUACAGUUAUUUUAACAGUAACAUUUCAUCUUAGGGCAUACCAUUGGAGAGGCGUGCGAGAUAUUUGCAGACCUGUGCCUGUUUGGCAACGCUUUUCCCAAGUUGGAAAGUAUAUCCGUGGACGGUUCUGAUAAGGAAAUUGACGUUUGCAUCGCUGAGCAGUGCCCAGGAAUGAAUUAAGUCCAAUUGUUAGAUGCUACCACCCCCCUCGAAAUCAAAACCAAACAUGGAUGUCAAUGUUUGCGCGUACACGCUCCGUUCUACUUCCCGUCUGCAGCAGCAUGUUGCCCAAUAGUCUGAUUAUCUAGACAAAUGUGUGAAACACACCGGUGUGUGUGCUAAGCUAGACACAACAUGGAAUCCAUGUUUGUUUUGAUUUAGAGAGGGGGGGGGGGGGGGGGGGGGGACAUCUAACAAUUGGAUGUAAUUAUUUCCUGGGCACCUCUCAGUGACGCAAACAACGAGUUCCUUAUCAGAACCGUCAACCGAUUUCUGAUAUACUCUCCGAUGAGGGAAAAGUGUAGCCAAACAGGCACAGGUACGGGUCGGCAAAUAUCUCGCAAGGUGGCUAAAUGUUAUACAGCUACACUCUGGUCUAGGAAAUGGACUAGCUUCCAUCUUGAACUGUAAAGGAGUGAAAUAAUGUUAGACCAUAUUGUCACCUAGAAUGUGGAGGGUGAGACAGAUGGAUGGGGCAAGGGAGGUUUCCUCUGACUGAUUACCGUGUGCUUAUCUGAACAGCUGGCAGGAAGGAACACUUCAGGAUACAUGCUGUUAAAUGACUCAAGUCGUGCCCUUGAAAAUAAAGUGGCUUCUAUCCCUGUAUACCAUGAAGCAUCUGUCAAACUUUUCACCACACUGGAUUGAGCGAUGCAGAUAGGGUUAGCAGGCAAAUGAUUAAGCAAAGCAAAGCAAGGCUAUUUCAACCUUGUCUUAUGUUGUAAAUAGGAUGAAUUUGAAAUAGUGCUGUAGUUUCUGACUGAGCAAACUGCAGUUGGUGGAACAUUUUUAGGAUGUAAAUGUGUAUAAUUAUGUCCUUUAGAUAAGGUUGUUGACUGGAAAUGGGUGUUUCUUCCAUUGGUUUACUGAACUGACUGCAAUUGCCCUGUCUGCUGUGUUUAAAACCACGGCCUGCCUCAACCUUUUACCUCCCUACCAUAUGUUUCCUUCCCUUUGCUGGAUCCUUCCCCUUUUUCUGUCUAAAAGACAGUAUAAAUCUCUGCAGUAUAAACUUGUUGUCCAGGCAGUCACUCUGAGCAGGUUAGGUUUGCCCCAGAAGCUCUCAGGAUCGUGACCUCAGAUUAGCUCCUUUUUUAUGCUGCUGGUUUAGUGUAAUGCUAUGUGGCGAUGCAGCAUGGUUUGCUCUUGAGAACCCAAGGUGGCAUUCUGCCUUAUCCCUAGAGUUCUCAGGCGUAAGUAUCGCCAAGAGGCUGGGACCAUGUGAACUACAAUCCCCACACUCUGUUUUAAUGUUUAGAAACGUUAAUAAUCCUCGCUUGCAAUAAGGUUUUGGAAACAUAAAGCCCUCUCCUGUCACAUCAAAAUAAUGUCACAAAUGCAAAAUAUACACUUACUGUACACUGUUUUAACCAGUUGCAGCGGACAUUAUUUUUCAGUUAUAACACUUUUCUGGCUUCCUUAUUUCGUUACACACAGGUAUUCAGAGCACUCCAAAUAGCUGAUUAGCACAGGUGGUCGCCUCUGUUUCCUGUCUGUCUUCCGUAAACAACCGCUGUAACAUGGAAAUAUGUCUGUUUGGGAACCUUAUAAAGGUUCUAGUAAUUUAACCUUUUGUUUUUAGAAAAUUAUUUCCUUAUGUUUCCAAAACUGUACUUCAAGCGAUGCGCGUUAAUGUUCAGACCGAGCAUCGGGGCUCUUAACAAACCCCCCCGGACAGAAGAUACCUUUGUGAAUAGAUGCUAGAGGAGUUAUCUAGCGUCUAUGAAUAGACUACAGCAUGGUAUGAUCUGCCCCCCAGAGCAGGCUCACUUCCUCAGCGGCCCUUCCAAUGUGUAAUUAUUGUUACAGACUCACAGGGGUAAUUUGGCUCCAGUGGAUAGUAUUUGAGGCAAAGCCAAACCUGAAACUGCAUUUGCCUCUCCCUGAUCGUGUCUUUAUAUAACAAAAUCCACAAUAGUUUUAUUACUGGUACUAUGGUAAAAUGCUUUCUCUAUGCCCUCUAUGGCACUGACAGGUCCAGUAGUAGAAAUAACUAACAAUCACUAGGAGACUGACUCUCCUUCUUUUCCAGGUGAGAACACCAGUAAGCACCAGAUGCUCUUCAACAUGUCAGAGAUGCGGUCAGUAUUGGGGACUGAUCGACUGCUCUCUCAAGCUGAGCUCCGUCUCCUCAUCAAGAACCGUGGCAUGUCCGACAGCAGUGAGCAGAGGCUGGAACUCUACAGAGGCGUUGAAGAUGAGGCACGUUACCUGAAGUCCCAUUUUGUCUCCAAGGAAUGGGCCAAUCGCUGGGUGUCCUUUGAUGUUACAGAGACUCUGAGGGAGUGGCUGCAAGGGGCUAGUAAGUUACAAUUUCCUUUAGGGUUGUAAUUAUAACUGCAUAACACAAAUAGUAUGUUGAAACACUGACAAUCAUAUCCUGUUACAAAUCUGUGUCUGAUUGAAGUGGCACUACAAAGAAGGCCCAUAGCAAAGCAUGUGUAAGAACUGUUCAACAGAAUUUUACACCUAAAACAGCAGACCUAUUCCUUCAGGUUUAAAAAUAAGUUUGAUACACCAUUAUAUUUUGAUUUUUACAACAUUUUCCAGGAGAGGAGCAAGGAUUCCAAUUGAAGUUGCCUUGUGAUUGUGGGAAACAAAUGGAAGAAUUCCUCUUCGAAAUAUCAGGUAUUUGCAGUCUACUAGCUAUUUUCACCAUAUUGAAAUCAACUCAAGCCAUGCGUUUUCUGACUAGCCUCCACUGUGAAUCUCUUUACUGACAGAUGUGUCAAUGUUUUAUACAAUAGGGAUGUUCAAGCGAAGGGGAGAUAAAGAAACUCUCUUCACGAACAUGCCAAAGCCUCACAUUUUGCUGAUGUCACUUCCUGUGGAACGCCACAGCCAGCUUAGCUCUCGGAAGAAAAGACAAACCACUACUGAAGAGAUCUGCUCAGAGUGAGACUAUCCUUUAUUCCACCGGCCCAAGAGAACGUUUAUAACUAUCAAUUGAUGUCUCUUAAAUGUGUACUAACAAAGUUAAUCUCUUUUAGCUGAUUGAUAUACUGUAGGCCUACUUAGACGCCUUGUUAACGCACUGUUUGUAAGAGAUACAGUGAGGGAAAAAAGUAUUUGAUCCCCUGCUGAUUUUGUAAGUUUGCCCACUGACAAAGAAAUGAUCAGUCUAUAAUUUUAAUGGUAGGUUUAUUUGAACAGUGAGAGACAGAAUAACAACAAAAAAUCCAGAAAAACCCAUGUCAAAAAUGUUAUAAAUUGAUUUGCAUUUUAAUGAGGGAAAUAAGUUUGACCCCCUCUCAAUCAGAAAGAUUUCUGGCUCCCAGGUGUCUUUUAUACAGGUAACGAGCUGAGAUUAGGAGCACACACUUAAAGGGAGUGCUCCUAAUCUCAGUUUGUUACCUGUAUAAAAGACACCUGUCCACAGAAGGAAUCAAUCAAUCAGAUUCCAAACUCUCCACCAUGGCCAAUAAAAAAGAGUUCUCCAAGGAUGUCAGGGUCAAGAUUGUAGACCUACACAAGGCUGGAAUGGGCUACAAGACCAUCGCCAAGCAGCUUGGUGAGAAGGUGACAACAGUUGGUGCGAUUAUUCGCAAAUGGAAGAAACACAAAAGAACUGUCAAUCUCCCUCGGCCUGGGGCUCCAUGCAAGAUCUCACCUCGUGGAGUUGCAAUGAUCAUGAGAACGGUGAGGAAUCAGCCCAGAACUACACGGGAGGAUCUUGUCAAUGAUCUCAAGGCAGCUGGGACCAUAGUCACCAAGAAAACAAUUGGUAACACACUACGCCGUGAAGGACUGAAAUCCUGCAGCGCCCGCAAGGUCCCCCUGCUCAAGAAAGCACAUAUACAGGGCCGUCUGAAGUUUGCCAAUGAACAUCUGAAUGAUUCAGAGUAGAACUGGGUGAAAGUGUUGUGGUCAGAUGAGACCAAAAUCGAGCUCUUUGGCAUCAACUCAACUCGCCUUGUUUGGAGGAGGAGGAAUGCUGCCUAUGACCCCAAGAACACCAUCCCCACCGUCAAACAUGGAGGUGGAAACAUUAUGCUUUGGGGGUGUUUUUCUGCUAAGGGGACAGGACAACUUCACCGCAUCAAAGGGACGAUGGACGGGGCCAUGUACCGUCAAAUCUUGGGUGAGAACCUCCUUCCCUCAGCCAGGGCAUUGAAAAUGGGUCGUGGAUGGGUAUUCCAGCAUGACAAUGACCCAAAACACACGGCCAAGGCAACAAAGGAGUGGCUCAAGAAGAAGCACAUUAAGGUCCUGGAGUGGCCUAGCCAGUCUCCAGACCUUAAUCCCAUAGAAAAUCUGUGGAGGGAGCUGAAGGUUUGAGUUGCCAAACGUCAGCCUCAAAACCUUAAUGACUUGGAGAAGAUCUGCAAAGAGGAGUGGAACAAAAUCCCUCCUGAGAUGUGUGCAAACCAGGUGGCCAACUACAAGAAAGGUCUGACCUCUGUGAUUGCCAACAAGGGUUUUGCCACCAAGUACUAAGUCAUGUUUUGCAGAGGGUUUUGCACACUCCCUUUAAGAGUGUGCUCCUAAUCUCAGCUCGUUACCUGUAUAAAAGACACCUGGGAGCCAGAAAUCUUUCUGAUUGAGAGGGGGUCAAAUACUUAUUUCCCUCAUUAAAAUGCAAAUCAAUUUAUAACAUUUUUGACAUGCGUUUUUCUGGAUUUUUUUGUUGUUAUUCUGUCUCUCACUGUUCAAAUAAACCUACCAUUAAAAUUAUAGACUGAUUAUGUCUUUGUCAGUGGGCAAACGUACAAAAUCAGCAGGGGAUCAAAUGCUUUCUUCCCUCACUGUAAGAUGUAUAACUCACAGGUGUGUGUGUACCCCCAGCAAUUCAGAGAGUUGCUGUGUGCGAAGGCUUUACAUUGACUUCCGUAAGGACCUGGGCUGGAAGUGGAUCCAUGAACCCACUGGCUACUUUGCUAACUACUGCAUGGGCCCCAUGCACCUAUAUAUGGAACACAGAGAACAAGUACUCCCAGGUAAUACUACCAGUCAUGUACCUGUAAGCCUCUCUAUUGUUUACUGUCUAUAAAGGAUCUGUACAGUUGGGGCUUUCAGUAAUGACACUGUAUUGCCACGGGGUGAGAUUGAGACUAUAUUCAGAACAAGAUGGUCUGUAACUGUUCAAUGAGAUAUCUAGUAACCUUUUGUUUACCUAACCACAGGUACUGGCUCUGUAUAAGCACCACAAUCCUGGAGCCUCUGCCCAACCCUGCUGUGUUCCACAGGUCUUGGAGCCCCUACCCAUUCUCUACUAUGUGGGUAGACAACACAAGGUCAGUGAAUGCUGUAUUGAUAGAAGUAUCAGAUCAAACUCUCAUAACAUCCUCACUGAAUUGAAAUCAUAGUAAACAAAGCUGCUUGGUUUAAAUGUUUCUUAACAGUGUCUAUCCACUGAAUGUACACUUUUUUUCUUCUUUUUUUGCACAGGUGGAGCAGUUGUCCAAUAUGAUUGUUAAGUCCUGCAAGUGUAGCUAG